GUCAUGGCUGGAGGCCCUGGACGUAUUCUUGGCUAUUAUAACUUGGUAGCUUACUACAUAUUUGUCAUCCCUCUAGCCAUUUUACUGGUGGUGUCCAUUGUAUACAAUAUACUGGUUGGCUUUUCUGUAAAAUGGAUGUUUGCCAAUGCAUGGAUUAAGGAAGGUUAUACUCGUGAUAAGCCUCCUCAAAAAGAAUCCUCAUUCUGGGAUGAGCUGUUCUUUAUAAAUGCUAAAAUAGCUAACUAUUUGCUUGGAGGCUCAGCUGUUUUGGAUAAGAGUAAGAAUGGCUAUUACAAGUUGCUUAUUCAUGACUAUGACGUCUACAUGCCAUUGGCUGCUGUGUUGGUGCAGGUCUCAGAGCUUGCUGUCAUGAUAGUAUGUCUGGCUCUAUUUUUUGACCGUCUUGUUUUGCAGGUAUCUAGUGAGUGUAUGGCUGGUGUUGAUUGCUUUUACUUCAAUGAAACAAACAGUAGUGCAUUGCCAGUUGAUUGUGAUUCACAAGAUUUUAAUGAGACCUUGAAACUGACUUGUUUUCGCAUUGCAUUUUCUCCCAUAGCAGCUGCAGUUUCAACCGGAGGCUUCCUUAAAGUUGUCCCACAAGUUACCUUCUCAUUACUUACAUUCCAGUACAUCAAGUGGCUCAACUUAGUAAAGAAGAAGCUUAAGCUUAAAAUCAAGCAUGGCAGCAUUAUAGUGCAUGUAGUGACUGCUGGUGCUGUGUGUGCAUGUUUCAUUGCUGUUGGUUUGGCAGCAUUGCUCAUUGUUAUAUAUAGGUUACUGGCCGCCCCAUCAGCUAAUCCAAUCCUUGAAAUUGGACUUUAUUUCACUUUUCUAAUGUAUUUUGCAAUGGCAGCAUUCCUUUGGUGUAUAAUUCCACUUCAAUACACAGCUUCUGUCGGUCAAGAGAAGGACUGA